UCAUCAACUGAACACUGUCUCCACGUCAUUCCUUCUUUGCCGACUCCGCCCACACCUUUGGGGACCCCUGGACCUGCUGGGGUCCAACCCCAGCAGAGAUGGACUCCCUAUUCUGGGUGAUCCGGGACAGCAUUGUGCAGUGCGAGCUCCUUGUGCUGCGGGUACUGCGCUUCCAAGUCUCCUUUCAGCACCCACACAGGUACCUGCUCCACUACCUGAUUUCUCUCAAGAACUGGCUGAAUCCUUACAGCUGGCAAAGGACCCCCAUCUCCAUCACUGCCUGGGCCCUGCUGCGGGACAGCUACCAUGGGGGGCUGUGCUUCCGGUUCCAGGCUCAGCACAUAGCGGUGGCGGUGCUCCAUCUGGCCCUGCAGGUCUAUGGUGUCCAGGUGCCCGCCAAGGCCAAGGCCGAGAAGCCAUGGUGGCAGAUGUUUAGUGGCGACCUUACCAAGCCAAUCAUUGAUAACAUUGUGUCUAAUCUCACUCGGAUUUAUACCAUGGACACAGAGAUUCCCAAAGGCCCUGGCCCAGGCCUGCCCAAAGACAAGCCUGGGACUCUCGGCUGCCAGGGGACAGCGCCAUCACAUGGCCCUGACGGCCAGUCCCCAGAGCACUGGCUGGGAGGACUGGUUUUGUGCUGCUGGAGACAGGCCGGUGAAGGCGAUGACAUGCUGCCACUUUGAGUCUCAGGCUUUGACUGUCCCUGGCAGCCAAGGUCCAGAUGGGGAUGGGCGCUGCACCUCCUGCGGGCAGGAGAAUGCUGUGGGCGGCUCUGAGGCCUCCGGCUCUGCUUUUGUCUUUUGAAAGAAUGCAGACUACAGCCGAAAUUUGGGAUCAGUGGAAGGAAAAUCAAAGAACAGAUUGGACUGUGCCCCAGGGGAUUUUUUUUAAAGGCCAGAUUUAGAGAAAGUAUGACUCAAUUAACAUAGAGGAAAUUUUACUUUGUUUCGUUAAAGAUAUUACAAAGCCAAAAUAAAAACAUAUAAUAAUUGGUGUUGGACAUAUAACAGAUACAUGCAAAAAAAUUAGUCUAGACCACCAACUUACACCAUACAAGUAUAAACUGGGAAUGAAUAAAGGACUUAAACGUAGGUGGGUAACCAUGAAAAUCUUAGAAGAAGCAAAAUAUCAGGCAUCUGUCUCAGCAAUACCUUUACUCAUGCAGCUCCUAGGGCAAUGGAAACUGAGGCGAAAAGAAACAAAUUGGACGACGUCAAAUUAAAACACUUCUGCAAAGAAGAAGCCAACAAAUACAACAACAACAACAAAACAAGGAAGUCCACUGCCUGCGAGAAGAUAUUUGCCAAUGUUUUUUCAGAUAAGGACCUAUUCUCCAAAAUUCAUACUGAACUCAUCCAUUAAACAAAAGGAAGAUCAACAUUUCAAUAAAAAAAAAUGGGCACCACCACCACCACGAAGGCCCCUUCUGACUUAUUAUGGUCCAAUCCCUGUGAAUAUUGUUACAGCCACACAGGAGAUGGGUAUGAUGGGGGCACGGCAAUUACUGCAAAAGCGGAUGGGACACCCCUGUAAGAGGUCCUGAGUUUGGUGCUGGCGGCGAGCAUAGGAUACACCAUGUAUGCAAGAGAGAGUGAAUCAUGAAGUACAGUAGCUCACCUGAUCCGGCAAUCGGGGAGCCAGGGGUGAAGCCCCUGUGACAGAAGAAUUAGACACUGAAAUUAAAAAUGAUAAGGUACAGACAACAAAAAAAAAAAAAAAUAAAAAAAAAUAAAAAAAAAUAAAAAUAAAAACACAAAUAGGUAGUAAAAGUGUAAGAAGGGUACACAUCUUCUUUAAAAAAAUGACUACCUCUACAGUCCGUGAGAGAAGAGAGUGUGACUCUGGGAAGACGAUAAGGAAGCUUCAGUUGUAUGUAUAACUUAUCCUUUUUUAAAGAAAAGAUCUUGCCCGGCUGACAUGGCUCAGUGGUUGAGCGUCAACCUAUGAACCAAGAGGUCACGGUUCAAUUCCCGGUCAGGGUACAUGCCUAGAUUACGGGCUUAAUCUCCA